AUGACUAAAGAAGAUGACUUUAAGCUCCUCAAGAUCCAGACUUUUCUUCUCAAAGUGAACAUACACUGUGAUGGGUGUAAGCAGAAAGUGAAGAAACUCCUUCAGAGGAUUGAAGGAGUUUACCAAGUAAACAUAGAUGCAGAGCAGCAGAAAGUCACAGUAUCAGGAACUGUAGAUUCUGCAACUUUGAUUAAGAAACUAGUCAGAGCUGGUAAACAUGCUGAGGUUUGGUCCCAAAAGUCCAACCAAAACCAAAAGAACAACUGUAUUAAAGAUGACAAGAACAAUAAAAGUCAGAAGCAAGGCUUGGUCAAGGGCCUUGAGGCCUUAAAGAACCAGCAGAAAUUCCCUGCGUUCAGCUCUGAAGAAGAUGACGACUAUCUUGAUGAUGAAGAAGAUGAUGACGAGGACGAACUCAGGUUUCUUGGGCCAAGCCAACUGGGUCUUCUCAGGCAGCAUGCCAUGGAGGCAAAGAAUGGUAUCGGUGCCAAUCCUGCUGCUUCCAACAGCGGUAAUAAAAUGAACAAUCUUGUAAAUGGGAAUGCUGGAAAGAAAGGAAACCCAAAUCAGAAUAUGGGAAUGAAGUUUAAUUCAGGUGGGAUAGAUCAAAAAACCAUGGCAGCGUUGCAAAUGAAAAAUGCCCAAUUAAAUGGUGGAAACAUCAGUGCUGGGGAGGGCAAAAGGGGAAAUGACAUUAGUACCAUGAUGAACCUUGCUGGUUUUCAUGGAAAUGGUGCUAAUGUUAGCAAUGCUGCAGCUGCUGUUGCUGCAUUAGGAGGUAAUCCCAAUGGUGGUCUAGGAGGGUUGCAAGUUCAACCCAAUAAUAAUGGGUUUCAAGGAUCUUCUUCUGCAGCAGCAGGAUUCCCUACUGGUGGAUAUGCCACAGGUCAGUAUCCAUCAUCCAUGCCGAUGAACAUGAACGCGCACAACCAUCCAGCAUCAAUGAUGAUGAACAUGCAAAACAGGAAUGUCAUGCAACAACAACAACAACAACCCCAGAUGAUGUAUCAGAGGUCUCCUUAUAAUCCACCCGCCACUGGCUAUUACUAUAAUUAUAGCCCUGCCCCUUACCCGUACCCUCACGCCUACACUGAACAACCUAAUUACAAUGGUGAUCACUCUGCUGCAGCUGCAUCAACCGAAAUGUUCAGUGAUGAGAACAGUAGCAGCUGUUCCAUAAUGUAA